AGUCUUUCUCGUUUCAACGCACAGUUUAGUCAUUAAAUUACAUGUAUUUUCGUUUUCAUUUAACGCAAAUUAUAUUCACUGAUUUUUUUAAGCAAUAAAUUGACCUUGAAUCAUCUUCAUCCUUGUAAUCAAAAAAUAAAUAAUCAUAAAAAUAUAUAUAUUUGCUUUUUAAAUUAUUACCUAUGGUGAUGGAGAUUGGAUAAAGUGAGGUGAAAAUAAAAAAAAUAUAAAAAUAAUAAAAGAUGAGAUUUUUGCGGUCAAUAUUUAUGCUUGCUACUGUUGAUUUAAUUUUUCCAGUAACUGAUUGUAGUACGGGAACAAACAAGGUGUCAAAGCGUGCAAAACCACCGGAUCCAGAGGACGACUAUUACUACUAUGACGAUGUUGACGAGAGAAAUAAUCCAACAAAUGAGGCGCCAGUUGUACCCCCAGGCUUUUUAAGUCCCUCUGUUAGAGAAUAUCUUGAUCUCGGUAAAUCUAUACCCGGACGACCAGGAACAGAUUAUCCGGUGUUGGGAAAAGUACCGUAUACAAAUUUUUAUUGUGAUGAACAAGAUUAUCCUGGUUUUUUUGCUGAUAUUGAAACACGUUGUCAAGGAUGGCAUUAUUGUGAUAUUGAUGGAAGACAAGCAACAUUUUUAUGUCCAAAUGGUACACAAUUUAGUCAAGCUGUAUUUGUUUGUGAUUGGUGGUUUAAUGUCAGAUGUGAAUUGAGUGAAAAAUUAUAUGCAAUCAAUAGCAGACUUUAUCAAAGAUCAACUGAAAGUCCAACUAGACCACAUCGUACAAUUACUAAGGAAUUAUUGGAAAAUAUAUUUGUCAGAAGGAAAUAAAAGUAAUUUAAUUAAUUUACAAAUUGUUUAUAAAACAAAAAUAAACAAUAAAAAAAUUAAAUGAAAUAGUUUGAUUUACAAAAAAUAAAAAGAAUAUUUGAAAAAAUAAAAAAAUCACUUUGGCGAGUUGGUCAAAGGUGGACAAGUAGUAAAAGAGUUUAACGGUUGUUAAGAAUAGAAAUAAAAAAAAAUAAAAUAAAGGAAAAAUAUGGUAUAAAGAAAAAGAAAACUUGCAAAGUUUUUUCCCUUAUUUUAAUCGAGCUAAUUUUUCACUGGUUCAAGGAUCAUUCGAUUUUUUAAGAGAACGUAAAGAGUAAAGAAAAAAAAAAAAGAAGAAAAAGGUGUUAAUCGUUGAUGGGGUCAAUUGAAACGAUUGAACAUGAAACUGGGAUUUUAAAUUUUCCGGUAAAUUUAAUAAUACCUCUGGUACUUAAUUAUUUUUAUUUUUUUUAAUGUACAUACUUGUUUUUUUUUAUAUGUAAUUUAAAAAAAUUUUUUUUUUAAUAAAACAAUGCAUGUAGAAUAUAGAAUAAAAUUAAGUUAAAUAAAAUAGCGACAUUAUGUGUACUGGCUUAUCAAAACUCUGAAUUUGUUUUUCUUUUUUUUUUU